CUCCCGUGGACAUCGUGCCCAUCAACCCAAUCGAACAAUUAAUGCGCCCACCUGUUCCCAUUAUUAUUCCUUUUGCUUUCCCACCCCUUCAAAGCUUUUUCUCUUUCUUUUGCAUGUUUGUCGGAUUCAUCCCUAACUUGCGAUCGUAUCCCCUCGAUUUCUCCCCCCAGUCGUUUACUUAAAUACUACCCUCCCCCAAUAUCCUUGCUUGGUGCUUCUGGAAAGAGGCUAGCCGUGGCCAGCCAUUCUGAACCAUCCCCCACCGAGAUAGUAGGUCACUUAGUGUGCCCACUGUGUUUUGACCGCUACAACCUCUCGGCCGCUGUCCCUUAAAUUUAUCGACUUAAUUUCCCGGCUGUUUCAUACCAGUUUUAAAGCCCCAGAGGCCUUUCUUCUCCUUCCCCUUUCUGGGCCGCUUUGCGUCUUCUGGAAUCAUUCUACGUUUCUGGUGUGAACCCCAUUGUCGGUAAUCAUGUCGGCGACGCCUCGCAAGCCCAGUAUCCCGGGCAAUUCCAACAGAAAUUCGACUGCAGAAAGUCACACAGCCAGCGGCACUGCAUCGCGAACGCACACCCGAUCUCCCAGUGCUUCGACAAAUGGCGUCACUCGUUCCCCCUCCCUCCGUGCUUCGACUCCGGUCUCUGCGCGGGCUGCGGCUCGGAAACCCGGUCGCUCCAACCUGAGCACAUCCAGUGCCCCCAAAGUUACGCCCAAUCAAUCCGACGAAGAGGCCCGGGCCCAGACCGCUGCACUCAUUGAUGACCUCAAGGAGCAGUUGCAAAAGGCGGAGACCGCCUCGGAGCAGUAUCGCAAGCAGUUGGGUGUCCUUCAAAUGCGCCUCGAUGAGGCGGUGAGCGAGCAAGGCAAGUUGGAGGACCAGAGCCAUGAGAGGGAUAGCAAGAUUGAAGCCCUGAAUGGUGAGAUCCGUGACCAUGUUCGCCAGAUUCGCGACCUCGAACAGGCACACGAACUGGAACGCAAUGCCAUGCUGCAGGAGAAGGAACAACAGGCGAGUCGUGAGGAAGAGAUGCAGGCUACCAUUCAGCGUCUGAAGGAGUCGCUGGCUCAGAAGGAGCGGGCAAAUGCUGCGGAUUCGGAUAAAAGUGUGUCUCGCUCAUCCAGUUUCCGCAACCGGGCAUCACCGGAUGUUGAUGGUCAAUUCGCGCCCUCUUCCCAGAUUGAGAGAAGCCCUUCCCGCAAUAACUCGAAGCUGCUUUUGCAGAAGGAUAAGUUGAUCGAGUCUCUUCGGCUGGAGCUGGCUGAGUCCCAGAUCAAGCUUGUCGAGAUGGAGAACAAGGGCGGUGGCAGACAGCGGGAGCUGGAGAAGGAGCUUCUGGAAGCUCGCAUGGCGAAUGCCCGCUUGAUGGAGGAUAAUGAGAGCUACCAAUUACUCCUCAGUGAGAGAACCCUCAAUGGUGAUUUCACAAAGGGUGACUUCAUGCGGGAAGUUCACCCGGACACUGCCGAGGAUGUCAAGGAGUCUGGCAGUGGCUUGGGUUCGUUGGCUGACGAGCUAGAAUCCGUCGAUGCUCGAGCAGAGACAGACAACACCCGCAAGCUGGAGACGGAGAUCAAGGCGCUGAAGGACCAGAACAAGGCCCUUACCCUUUAUAUCGAGCGGAUCAUCAGCCGCCUCCUGCAGCAUGAUGGUUUCGAGACCAUCCUUGACAAGAAUGAAAACGAUCCCCCGGCCAAGCCGAUGCCUGCGCACAGCAACAAAGAGCUUCCGCCAACUCCCCCUGAGAAGGAUGACGCGCAGCAGACCUUCCUCCAGCGCGCCAAGUCGGUCGUUGCAGGCCCGAACCAGAACCCUCCUCGGCCUUCGACCCAGCCGCGGUCACGCCCCACGAGCUAUAUGCCUCCACCCACCAGUGUGCCGACCGCUCACGAGAACCCACAGACAGCUCCUAGCAUCCCCCUUCGUGCUGGAUCAAUUCGCGGUCACCGCCGGACAAGGUCUGAACAAACGGACGUUGGGGCAGCAUCCGUCGUGGGUCAGAUGUAUCGGGGACGCAACUCGGGUGGGCCGAUCAGCCCUACUCUCAUGGGACCUGGAAAUCGCCAAAGCGCAUUUUCUUCAGCGAGUAUCAUGUCGAGUAUGAGUACCGGUGGCCGUGCGCCUUCACUCUCCAGUCAGCCUGAGCACAGCCGUUUGAGCAGCUCGGAUAGUGUCACGAGCGACCCCGCUGGUGAUACGGCAUCUACCGGUGCAACCUCCAGCUCUCCCCGUUCUAGCACCGGCAUGACCAACUACACUGGAGCUGUCAUGACCCAGAACAAACUGCGUCCCCUGCGCCUAGUCAGCGAGACUAAGCUGGCCGAGGAAGAAGAAGCUGCCCGCAAGAAGGCUAACCGAGGCAGUUGGAUCCCCUGGUUCAACCGUCCCAACUCUAGCGAGGCCACCCAGCCUUCGACUUGAGCGCAUCAGUCUCGUGGAAAAAUGUGGGGUAAAACCACCCGCCUGCAAAUAGGGACAUAUUCUGUGCUUUGUGUUAUUCACGGUUAAUCUGCAUGAUCUUUUAAAACCCUUGAUGGCGGGUUGUUGACCGCUACGGUUAAACUCUUACCAUUCUUCUUCGGUGUUGAUCAUCAUACUGGUGUUGAGCCCAUUAUGGCCCAGUUUGCCCCUUUCGAGCAUCUGGCACUUUUUUCGCGUCCAUUUAUUUUGCUUUGAUUGAAUUUUGGAAAUGUGAUAGACGACCACAUUGAAACGUUGUGAUGAUGCCUGACAUGGGUACUGCUUGGACACUCCUUUUACUCCCUCCACAGACUACUCUUGGACGCGACGAAUCUGCUUUGCUUGUUUAUGCCCCUCCUUAUAUGAUGAACAUACCUAUGGUCUAUACCUCGAUCCCCGAGUGAAAUUGUCUUGUGUUUUUUUGUCGUUUAAUGAUGUUGUCUAGACCUUUGUAUUAUAGAGCCAGUAAGUAAAUAUGAAUCUAUAACCAACAUAGUACCUAGAUGUAUGGAAAUCAUCAAAAUGAAGCAAAAGAUAUACAAAUGGAC